ACAUAAGAACAGUUAAAAAUAUGGGUUAUGUAUGUAUAAUAUUUCUCUUUCAGGAACCAACCACUACAGUUAAAAUUCUCCCUACAAUCAUCCAUAGUCACUGCUAUUGCUCUGGUGCCCCCCCCCCCAAUAACUUUUUCUGGGCCAUAGAACAUGCUACAGAUCACUUAAGGUGUAUCUACUGUGGAACAUAAAUUACUCAACAGCUAGGUUCACACAACAUGGGAUUAACCUCAUGGCUGUAUGUGCUAAAUCUGGUUAGUUUUUGUUUGACUUGAUUGUGGCAACACAAGUAAUUUGGUUGUUUGAUGGUUUAGCACAGUGGUUCUCAAACAUUUUGGUCUUGGGGCCCUUUUACAUUCUUAAAAAUGAUUGAGGUCUCCAAAGAGCUUUGGUUUAUAUGGGUUAUGUCUACCUGUACAAACAGUAUUAGAAAUUAAAGCAGAGAAAUGCUAAAAUAUUUAUUUUUUUGACUUCAUGGACCCCCCUGAAAGGGUCUCUGGGAUCCCCAGGGGUCUGCAGACCACACUUUGAGAACCACUGGUUUAUUGCAUUGUACAAACCUGACCUCAGUAAUUAGGUCAAUGUGUUAUAUGAACACAGCCAAUAAGUUUUUUCAAGUUCAGUAGGAGUUAAUUCCAGCUAAGUCUGGACAGAACUGCAGGCUCAAACUAGGCUGGAAGACAACAAAAUCUUCUGGCACUUGUAUAAAUAAUGCACAUGCGACAUUUACUCAUUGCAGCAUAAGCUUUCAUGGAUUAGAUCUCUGUUGUCAGGUUUAUGAAAUGUUCAUCCUUAGUUGGGAGACAUAAGUAUUCUGUAUAUAAUUAGCUGAAUAAGAGGGAAAGAAUUCAGAAGUAUUAUCAAAAUGUGUAAUACUGAGUAGGUAGCGUUGGGAGGAAAAAAAACUGCAAUGAUGAUACAAUAAAUCUGUUGGUCUUUAUAAACUCACACAGUUUUAGCCACUUUCUUUUUAUAGAAGACUAAACAAAUAUCUUGGCUCAUGAUGUUGCCUAUUGGUCUGCACUGCAUAUUGGCUUCUUUUUUGCUAUUCUCUGUUAGUGUGGCUGCUAAAUGUGCUAAAAACAGUUUGCAGAAUUAUGAACCAGGGUUUGUUAUUUGCAAAUUCUGGUAUGUAGUAAUCAACCAGAAUUUAAUUCAGAAGUCAGCUGAUACAUAACCUUCCUGAAGACUUCUUGGGUUCUUUAUACAUAAUAUAUUUUUCCAAAGCUAUCCUGGUCAAGUGUCUUCUGCACAUACAUGAUGUUUGGGAAGAUUUCAGACUAGUGGGAGAGCUUUGAACCAGCUGCCUCUGAGAUUCUACAUAGCUCUGGUUGCACCGCAGCUUUGAAGAGCUGAUCCAAAUAAAAAUCUGAAAACAGUCCCCAGAGUUGAAGCUUGACUCAGGAGGGACUUUACCUUUUUAUAUUUAUCUAGGUCUUAUAUUGUUAUUCUUAAGUUCAACUCCCUAGGUACAGGUCUGAAAAUUCCAGAUCAGUCUGAAAUUCUAGAGAGAAGCUCUAUCAAAUCAAGAAUGGCUGCCUCUGGGGGAACAUUUAUUGGAGUCUCCUCAUCAAGCAAUAACGAUGCAUCCAGCAAUUCCAACUAUGGUUCUUCAUUUCAACCCAUCAAAACCCAAGUGGCUAUUCCUACAGCUCAUGUCAUGCCCUCCACGUUGGACAGAUCAUCUUGUCUAGCAAGUGAAUCAAGCACUCCUCAGACCACUUUGGCUCCCUCCCUGCCAAAUUCAUUGGGUGACAUAGGAGGACUGAUGUCCAGCUAUGACUCUGAUGCUCUGAGGCAAUCCCAGGUGGUCCACCGGAAUCCUCUUUGUGUGAAUCAGGCUUUGGUAGAAAAUGGUUGCAAUCACUCCUUGUUUCGUAAUUCUGGCCAGUCAAGUGUGGAAUGUGUUCAGAAACCCAUCAACCUAGAUGCCAGAGUCACCUGCUCUUCUUUUCUAGAUAGGCAUUCUGUUGGUCCUUGGUCCCAACUCCAGAUGUAUACUUCAGGCAAUUCAAAUAGCACUGCUGCUAGUCUAGAAAAAGAAUCAAAUAAAAUAUUUCAGGAUGCUAAACCAUCAACAGAUUCCAAUAAAGUCUGUGGAAAGCAAGUAUCCUUGGGCCUUAAUCCUGCUAGUAUGCCUUCUACUGCUUUGGCUGCUCAACCUCAGACCUGGAAGCAGGAAGCUUGUACACUACAUCCACAUGAGAAUUGUGCACACAGUGCCUGGAAACAACAUCUGGAUUGUGUUCAACUGCAACUGGAACAGAUGCAGCUGCAAAAUAAAGCUACUUGUUACUAUCCUUUGGUGAAUAGCACCCCAGUGCACACACUUGAUCCAGCUCAGUGGAUUGGCAUUGUGAAUGCUAAUGAAAAUUUGCUCCUGGAGAAAGAAAUUCUCAUUGACAGGCAGAGACAGCACAUUUCUCAGCUGGAGCAGAAACUACGAGAAAGUGAGCUGCAAGUCCACAGUGCCCUCUAUGGCCAUCCUGCUCCUUAUGGAGACAUGUAUCUGCUCAGAAUGCAGGAGUUAGAACGGGAGAAUAUAUUUUUACGGGCUCAGUUUACUGAAAAAACAGAGUCACUCAAUAAGGAAAAGAUUGAAUUGGAAAGGAAACUGGCUUCCUCAGAAGUUGGUAUUAAACAGAUCCAGGAGGCUCACAAAGAGACCAAACAGAAGCAUAUAGUAGAAUUGAAGAAACAAGAAGAAAGGAUCAAGUCCAGAGACAAGCACAUUGAUCACCUGAAAAAGAAAUGCCAAAAAGAAUUGGACCAAAACCAUGAGAAGCAGCAGAGAAUUGAGACUCUGGAGCGCUAUGUUGCUGACCUCCCAGUGUUGGAGGAUCAUCGAAAACAAAAUCAAAAGUUAAAGGAAUCUCAGCAGGCAGUUAGUACUUUGCAAGAAACAGUGACUACUCUCGAAAGGGAGCUAAGAGAUGUUCGUACUGGCUGCCGAGAGAAGGAGCUACAGCUAGAAGCACAGAAACACAAAGAAAUGGAACUGCUUUCUACGGUGCGCAGUUUACAAGAUAAAAUGCAGCACGUGAAGCCUUCAGUAGCAGAAGAUUAUGCCCGAGAGAUAGAGAGAGAGAAAGGAGAAAAAGAUGCUCUGCAAAAAGAACGCGAUCUUCUCAGGAAGAUUGUGGAAAAUCAGAAGAAGAAAAUCGAUCAGUUAUCUUCACAAGUAAAGGAUCUGGAGGAACAGAUUGCCCAGGAUGAUGGUACAGCCCAGGCUUUGAGAGCAGAAGCCUUAAGGCAGGAAAAUGCAUUGCAGCAGCUACGCAGAGCUGUGAAAGAGCUGUCUGCCCAGAACCAAGAACUGAUGGAAAAAAACCUGACUCUCCAGGAGCACCUCCGGCAGAUGGAGCAGAGCCAGUUACUGUCAGAUGAAACAGCCAGCCUGACCCAAGAGCUGCAUAGUGAGCUGGCCAGCUGCCUACAGGAUUUGCACUCUGUCUAUAGUGUGGUUACUCAGCGGGCUCAAGGAAAAGAUCCCAAUUUGUCUUUGCUGUUAGGCAUUCAGACUGUGCAUUGUUCUGUUAAAGAAAAAGACUUGUUGAAACCAGACACGCUAGCAGAGAAGCUGGAGGAUGUAAAACAGUUGCACAAAGAGAUUGAAGAUUUGCGGACCGCUAUUUCGGACAGAUACGCUCAAGAUAUGGGUGAUAACUGCAUUACACAGUGAAGGCCAAAAAAAAUGGAAGAUGAGAACUAAGAUUGUAGAUCAGUGAAAGCUGCUACAGGGUGAGUUUUCAGAAGGUCUUUAUUACCUUUUCAGGUGAAGAUGUUUCCCACAACAGGAAAUAAAAGUUUUUCUCUUGACAGGAAAGCUCUCUAUGGAAAACAAGUCUGUAAGGGUGUGGCAAAGACUUAUUUUUGUUGCCUGCAAUUCUGGAGCUGGUUCCUGUUAGCAGCUGCAGUCUUUCUUUAGAAAAACAUCCAUCACCAUUCAUUUCUGUAAUUUAUGGCAGAACCUUUUCCAAACACUACGAUCAUGGAGGCUGCUCUUUAUCUUUGUAAUGAAUUUCUGCAAGGCUGUGAGAGCUUUUAUGAGUUGGGAUCAAAUAUAAUAUGGCAGCAUGUAUGUAGAAAAACUGAAUUGGCUGUAGUAAAGGAAGUCUGAACUGUGAAGGAAGAUCUGUCUUGGUAACAGGUUUUCAAAAUUUCUAAGAUAAUCUUGUUGAGUAGUCUCAGGUUUUCACUGAUACCUUCCUGAAACCAGAAAUGUUAUGCUGAAAUUAUAAAAGGCUUUAAUGCAUUUCUCCUUAAAUGCUUUAGAUCUCCAAAAGCCUGUGCUGGUUCCCCAUAUGUCUAACAAUGUGGAAGGAUAUGACCACUGCUAGUGGCAUGGACAUUUUCAGUGUCAGUGUGCCAUGAUGGGUUAACAUGUUUUCAUGCAGAUGCACUUUUUAAACUGUAUUUUCAUAUCACUGUUCUCUAUGCAAACAUUAACUUGAUAUUUUAGAAUGUAUGGAUUCAAGUGUUGAAAUGCCUUAAUUCUCCUAGAAAUAAACCUUUGGAAAGAGAGAAACUGAAUUCUGAUACUGCUGCAAUGUUGGCGAUUAGGUUUAUGCAUUGGAAUAGAAAGAAUAUAAGCUAUAAGCUAUCAGGUGGAUCUUAAAACUAACUCUUCUAUGAAGCAGGAAGGUAAUAAUUUAACUGGUUAGUCCUUAUGACAGACGAGAUUAAUGCGCCUUCUUCCACAAAGUUGUAGAAUGCAGCUGAAGGAAGAGGUCUUGAAUGCUGUGCCAGCACUUUACAAAAGGCCUUAUAUUAGGACGAGUAUGUUCAGUGGUGGCUACUGAUGUUGAUGAACUCCUGUCAGCUGUAGGUAGCAUGAUCAGUGGUGAAGGCAGGUACAUGGUCUACUCUUGCUCUUAGAUCUCGGAAAGAGCGGAGUAUGUCCCUGCAACAUAUCCAAUGUUUACUGGUGGAAAUUACUCAAAUGAGAUAAAUCAAGCAUUCUCCAUUCUAUUGAUAGAGCCCUUGCAAUGAUCCCAGUGCUGCAGAUGUGGGUACUUAAUGAGGUAUAUGAAUAUUUGUGCAAUUUAGUAAACAAGCCAUUUAUGAUAAACUACUUCAUUUAAUGCUGUCUCCUGUAAAGAGGUUGGCGACAGUCCUAUUUAUUCUUUUGAAACUAGGACAUAUUUUGGACAACCCCUUGAAUCUUUCUUCAUAUUAGUCAGAGUGGAUAUUUCUCAUUGCACUAGGGUCCUAGA